AUGCUCGAUCUUCUCUCGAGGCGCGCAUCCGAGUCUAAGCGCCAGCAGCAGCAGCAGCAGCUGCAGCAGCAGCAGCAGCUGCUGCGGCAGCAACAUGGGUCUUUUUCGGGGUCUACAGCACCACAGUUUGGUUUGCCUCCGACCGGUAUCCUUCCUCAUGGCGGCCUUCAGCCUCCUUGCAUCUUUUCUGCUGCACCUGCUGCUGCUUCUUCUGUCAUCUCUCGUCCUCUCUCCUCCUCUUCUCCUCCUUGUCUGCUGAACGUACACCCCAUGAGGGCAUUGGGAGCAGCUCCUCUGCCCUCUACCUUCUCACUUGAGGCCGCCCUGGAGACAGACGGAGAAGCAGCAGAAACGGCAGCAGCAGCAGCAAAACCAGCACAAGAACAAUCAGGAAUAGAAGCCACGCUGCUGCGGCUGCGCUCUACGUCAUCUCAGCUUGCAGUGCAUGCAGGCGGUCCCCAUGCAGCAGCAACUGCAGCAGAUGCUGCAGCUGCCGAUGCACCCCCACCUCCAGCAGCAGCAGAUGCAGCAGCAGCAGCAGCACCAACAGCAGCAGCAGGAAGUGGAGAUGGAUGGUUGCAGUGGGCAGGGUGUCCACCUGUGGGGCCGAGACGGGGGCUUUCAGCGCCUCCUUGGGGGAGCGUGGGGUGUACAGACAGCUUAUGGCUGAAGACGUCGCAGCAGCAGCAGCAGCAGCAGCAAAAGGGAAGUCUCGAGACUUACAGGAGUCUCCUACUGAAAGAAGGGUCUUCAAAGGGCCUGGAAUAUCUGCCGCCGCCUGCCCCUCCUCUUUCUGCAUCAACAGCAGCAGCAGCAGCGACAGCAACAACAGCAACAGCAGCAACAGCAGCAAGAGCAUCAACAGCAGCAGCACCUCUUCACCAAUGUGCGCGGCUUGGGGGACGUACCCAGCAGUCUGCGUCUGUGCUGCUGCUGCAGCAGCAGAAAGAAGCAAUGGAGCUGAUGCUUGACGCCCAUAAACAGCAUGAGAGUGCGGUGUUGUCGUUGUUGAGGAGUUUGGAGAUAUCGCGCGAAGAGAAAGACAAAAGAAGAGAAGCGCUUGAAAAACGCCUCGUAGUACCGAGGCCGCCUCCGCCUCCUUUAGUGCCGAUGAGGUUUGGGAGGAGUCCUUUCACACGCUGCGUCUCAGCUGAGGAGGUGAAGAAAGCGAAGCGUUUGUUUAAGUUGAUGGACAGAGAUCGGCUCCUUAUAGAAAAGUUUAAUAUACCUAUCACAGUCGAAGCCCUUAGUUGUCUGGAGGGCUCCAACUGGCUUAACGACGAAGUCAUCAACUUCUAUCUCAAUAUGCUGCAGGAGCGCAACACGAAACAAAUAGAAAAUGGAGAGGACGUCUGUCGUUGCUUUUUCUUUUCUACUUUCUUCUACGCAAAGCUCGCGGGCUCGAGAGCGAACGAAGAAAAUUCGUACAACUUCGAUGGCGUGCGGAGAUGGACCCGACGCCAAAAAGUCGAUUUGUUUGAAAAGGAUCUAAUUUUUAUUCCCCUACAUCUCGGAGAGCUCCAUUGGACGCUGGGUGUAAUUGACAUGAGGGAAGGAAAAGAAAGCAUUCGGUUUUUCGAUUCGUUAGGAGGCAAACACAAACCCCUCGCUUGGCGCCUAAGGAAAUACCUCCAAGAUGAGCAUAAAGACAAAAAGGGCACUGCAUUGGAUGCAGAGAGGGAGUGGUACGCGAAGCCAAACGGAGAGCCAGAAGAAGGGGCACCACAGCAACAGAACGGGUAUGACUGCGGGGUAUUUUUGUGUCAAAUGGCGGAGUGCAUUUCUGAUGGCCGCGCCUUCGAUUUCGAUCAGUCAGAUAUCGCUAACGUCCGUCUCAAGAUGGCUCUAGAUAUUACGCGCGGUUUCAUAGACUUCUAA